AUGAGAUCCGACGGUGCUCCAUUUCGCUGCCAAGCUUGCUCCAAGACGUUUGCUCGGCGCGAGCACUUGAGAAGGCAUGAGCAGGCCCACGCUGGCUCGCCGUCGCCGUCGAACCAGUGCACGACGUGCGGCAAGUACUUUUCCCGGCGCGAUGCGCUGCUCCGCCACCGCUCCCUCCAUGUCGCGUCGCCCAGCUUCGGUGGCCCACGCAGCCGUGCGGCCACGAACCGCAUCAAGCGGGCCUGUGCGCGCUGCUCGAGACAGAAGCUCAAGUGCGAUGGCCAGGUGCCGUGCGGACGGUGCGGCGCAAAGGGCCAUCCCUGCUCCUACCCCGACUCACCCGCCGCCCAGUCUGCCACGUCGUCGUCGCAUCCC